AUAAUUUGUAUCAUCUAAACGUAUAGGUGAUGAAGAAUGAUGAUAUCGAGGCUGGUAUCGAGGAUGACGAAGAGACGGAGACGGUGAAAAUGCCACCACCUAGGAUGACGAUAAACGUGAAAUCUACAGAUGCUCUACAACUCACUAUGACAAAAGCCUGUCUAGAAAGCCUCACUAAUCUAGGGAAGGCAUUUGGGGAUGCGUAUGCUUUGGUAGAGCCUACAUUAAAAGCCGGAGAAGUUAUGACACCAUACGUUAUAAAGAAUGUCACUGGAGAGGAUCUAAUGCUCAAGCUUGACAAUGCCUUCGAGAGCCCUCCAAAUGCAGCAAACGGUAAAAUAAAGCUGUCAGUUGGCGAUACUUUACCUCUGAAGAACAAAGAAGGUCCGAAAUUACGUAGACAAGCUUCAGUUAUCAAGGCGUCCACUGCUUCUGAUGAAAAGAAAAUGAUCUUUCAGGUUUUUAAUGCAACAAGGGAGGUAACCAUCAAGCGUGCAGAAAAACGUCUUUUCCAUGUUGAAACUAAGACAGGUGAUCAAUGGGCUAUAGUUUGUGAUACACAGACGUCCCUGGGACAGAGAACUGUCACUUUUAGAUCUUCUGUACAGGUGAUGAACCAUCUGACAGUUCCAGUAGAUGUUUUCUUCAAGGAUGCGUCCGGAAAACUUGCCGAUAUCUUCAGUCAGUCCAGAAGAACUUUUCAGUCUACCGUUACAUACAAUAUACACCCCAAUCUGCCCAGUUCAUUUAAACCUAUCAAAGAUGGAUGUGAUGAGUUAAGUGACCCAAUAAGUUGGAAGGGUGCGGAAAAUAUGGGACUGAAACAGUUGAUGUGUAAGGCUGGCCCAGGACAUGAGCCUUUCUACUUCAAGGUCAGGGCCGAUAUUGAGACAGUAUAUUAUGAGACUGGUGAUACUCCCUCUGCCAAGUCAACGACCUUUCACCUUUAUCCCACUGUGAUAUUGCAUAAUCUUUUACCAUACAAGGUCAAGGUCUUGCUCCAGGUCAAGGUCAUGCAAAGAUCAUGCCUGUGUUGGAAAACAAACAUUGAAAUUACAAUACCAGAUUACCAGGGCAUGGAAUGGAUUGGAAGACGUUUACUGGAAGUGGAUAUACCAGAAUUAUCAGUGUGGACGUUCGAAGCUUAUGACAAAAGCAACAAGAAAUUAACCAUGGAUUUAGGUCUACAUUAUAAACAGGGACCUGGUGUUCUAGAUGUGUCAGUCUACAGUCCCUACUGGAUGAUCAAUAAAACAGAAAAUUACUUCAAUACAAGAUUGUUUAAUUUUCUAUUUCAGGCUGGUGAUGAUGACCCAGUAGAUCAUCCAUCGGACCUCAAGGAUAUUGUCAUGUUUUCAUUCAAGAAAAUUCUUUGUUACUCUAAGAAUAAUAAGCACAACUUUAAGGAGGACACCUUGGAUAGAAAGAAGGAUACAUUGGAUAGAAAGAAAGACACACUAGAGAGAAAGAAAGAUGCAAAGAAACAAAAAGUGAAGGAAAUGAAACAAAGUGGAAAAGCUUCUUUGAAGAUGGGAGAAGGUGAUUGGUCAGACAAGUUCUCCCUUGAUGUAGUGGGAAGUUCAGGAACUGUCCAGAGCAAAAAUAAAACAAGAACUUGGGAGGUUGGUGUUAGUAUACAGUUAACAAACUCUGGUCUUACCAAGGUGGUAAUAUUUACACCAUACUACAUGCUGGUUAACACGUCUCCAUACACCUUGUUGUGUAAAGAAAAUAGUGCCGACAGUGAUUGGAUCGAAAUACCAUCAAAAGAGUGUGUUCCAGUUUGGCCAAUGCAGACGGGCAAGGAGAUGACAAUGCAAACAAAGGUCAAGGAUACAGAUAUAUGUACAAGUCAUUUCCUGUUCAAUAAACCCCAUUCUACACUACUCAAACUCGAUAAUGAGUACGGAGGUAUCAAUGUGGAAUGUCAGGAGACAGAAUCGUCGGUAGUAACGACCUUGACAAAUUACAAGACUGGCAUGGCAACCGUCCUAAUCAUAAACCAAACUGAUAAGUGCAAUAUUUCAUAUCAACAAAGUGGGUCCGGUAAACUGGUGCAUGUAAUGGGACCGUCAAUGGUAGGCUUGUACACAUGGGAGGACUCUAUCGGCAAGAGGGAGAUACUUUGGACUUGUGGCGAGAAGAAAGACGUGAAAAAUGAUCUUUCUCAGGAUGGUAUAGGAGAAGUAUUCUUCAAUUCUGACACAAAAGUUUACUGGGUAUCAUUCCUCAAUGGCAUGCAGAGAGUUCUUCUGUUCACUCAUGACCUUGCUCUAGCAACCAUUGCUCAAGAGGCUGGAGAGUUAGAGAGGAUAGAGCAGGAAAUCAACUUAAACAUUCAAGGAAUGGGACUAUCAUUGGUUAACAACUAUAAACAACAAGAGGUGGCUUUCCUUGGAAUAACAAGUUCUGGUAUGAUUUGGUAUAAGAAGAGGAAGAGAUACAAGGCAUUUAACUUGAAGAAUUGUUUGGGCCUGGAGGCAGCAUACCAGAAAUAUGAAACAGAGAAGUUAGGUGGACAUACUCCCCCAGAUAUGUUGCGUAUUGACAAAAUGGAGGUUAACUUUAAAGAUAUGAUGAUGUUCAAACCAAAUAAGCGUAUGAUCCGCCGCAGUUUCCAGGACGGUAUCUGGGUACAGUACAAGACGUCCCCACAUCAAGUCCAGUUUCAUGCUAAAAUAAACAGGGUACAGCUGGAUAACCAGUUGGCAGGAUCAGUGUUCCCUACAGUUAUAUCACCAAUGCCACCUCCAAAAUCUGUUGCUGCUGAAAGUGUUCCAAAACCAUUCACAGAGAUCAGUAUGAUGUUAAGGAAACACGAGCAUAGCAACAUAUCACAAAUGAAAUAUUUUAAGGUGCUAAUACAAGAGAUGCAGGUAAAGGUAGAUCAAGGAUUCCUCAACAAUAUUCUCGACUUGUUCAGUUCUGACCAGGAGGCUUCUAGAGAUCAAGAGAAACAACUUAUGGAAGAGGAUAUAGAGAGGACAGAGAAAGAUUUGAUCACGACGAUGGGCGUGUCUUUAGCUAGUGAACAAAAAAUGUUUUAUGAUUAUCUUCAUCUUUCACCUAUAAAGGUACACUUGAGCUUUUCCCUACAAGGUGGCGGAGGAGGUGACGGUAAACCGACACAGUUACAUUCUAACGUGAUCAAUGUGUUCUUACAAUCUGUGGGCGUCGUCCUCACAGACGUACAGGAUGUUGUCUUCAAACUUGGUUUCUUUGAAAGACAACAUACAUUCUACAACAAUAAAAUGUUGGUUGGUGAAAUGACCACACAUUAUGCUGGACAGGCAAUAAAACAGAUGUAUGUGUUGGUAUUGGGUCUAGAUGUUCUAGGUAAUCCGUUUGGUCUGUUACGUGGUAUGGCAGAGGGUCUGGAAGAUCUUUUCUAUGAACCUUACCAGGGUGCUAUACAAGGACCAGAGGAAUUUGCUGAAGGUCUUGCUCUAGGAGUGAGAAGUUUGUUUGGACAUGCUGUUGGUGGCGCUGCUGGUGCCGUAUCCAGGAUCACUGGUACCCUAGGUAAAGGUCUGGCGGCUCUAACACUAGAUGACGAGUACCAGAAGAAACGACGAGAGGCAAUGAACAAAAGACCGGCAAAUGUUGGUGAAGGUUUCGCCCGAGGUGGUAAAGGUCUAGUCAUGGGUGUGUUUGAUGGAGUCACAGGAAUUGUGAGGAAGCCUAUUGAAGGUGCCAAGAAAGAAGGAGUGGAGGGAUUCUUUAAGGGCGUGGGUAAAGGUCUAGUCGGUGUGGUAACCAGACCUACAAGUGGUGUUAUAGACUUUGCCAGUAGCUCUUUUGAAGGAAUUAAGAGGAUAGCAGAAAAUGUUGGUGAAAUUCAUCGUUUACGGCCACCUCGAAGGUUCCACAAAGACAAGGUCAUCCGACCGUACAAUGAAGCAGAGGCUGCGGGCUAUGCAAUACUAUUGGAGACAGAGAAAGGGAAGUUUUACAAGACAGAUGAUUAUGUAGCUCAUGCUGUAGUAACUAAAGACCAGAAAAAUGUCUUCCUAGUGACUAACAAGAGAGUAAUUUUUGCAAGUCGUGGUGAAAUCUUUGGACAAUGGAAUUGUGAAUUUACGUAUGUUUGGGCAGAGUUGAAAGAGAAACCUAAGGCAAACAACAAGGGUUUUGAGCUUGUCUUGAAGGAGAAAGAGAAGAAGUUUUUAUUCGGAGGGUCAAGCACUAAGAAAGAGAUUCAUAUAACUGAUAAGAAAACUGUUGAAUAUAUAAUUGGAAAGAUAUCAGAAGUUUGGGACAGUGCCAAUUAAAUCAACUUAGUAAAUUAAAAAGACAGAUUCAUACAACUGCUGUUUUAAUUAGUUAUAACUAUAAAUAGACAAUAUUAUAAACAAUUAUUAUAAAAUGUUCCUUACAUAAUGGCAAAGAUUAUUUCUAGGUUUCUUUGAAUUUAACAAUUUUUCAGACCUAGUAUAUAUGCAUUAGUUUAUGUAUGUAUUUUGGAUGUCUGAGAAAUUCUGUGCAGAAAAGGGAUACUGAUUAUUGUUAAGAUAUGGUUUUAUAACAAAAUUAUCACAAUUUUUUUUUUUUAUUAAAUUUUGUUUAAUUGUUGCAAUAUUAUCGAAAAUUUGAUUUUUUUAUUUGAUAACCUCUAAUUGUUUUCAGAUAUUUAACAAAUUUUUAAAAGUCAAGCUCAGUAAUGAAAGGUAAUUUAUUGUAGUAAAAAUGUUGAGUGAUGAUAAAUGUAAGGUUUUUCUCAUUGCAACACAAGUGAGAUAGACUAUUUUUCUUACUGUAACACAAGUGAGAUAUACAUGUUUUUCUUAUUGUAACACAAGUGAGAUAGACUAUUUUUCUUACUGUAACACAAGUGAGAUAUACAUGUUUUUCUCAUUGCAACACAAGUGAGAUAGACUAAUUUUCUUACUGUAACACAAGUGAGAUAUACAUGUUUUUCUCAUUGCAACACAAGUGAGAUGUACAAUGUAAUUCUACUACAUUUGCUCACUAUUUUUUGAUACAGAUUUCUUUUAGUCUUUAACAUAUGUAUCCAAAUUUAGAUCCAUUUUAGGGUGUUUAUGUUUUGUAAAUUAUUUUUGACUUUCUUUUCUUCAACUGCUAGAAAAGUUUAAUUUAUAAAGGCUUUCUUUAAAUGGCAAAAUGUUGUUGUUGUUUUUUUAGAAUUAUACUGUUGUAUAUGGGUUUAGCUAUUUUGAUUUGCAAUUUUGAUAAGGGCUGAAAUACAAGGAUUCAUUUAAAUUUUGUAAAUGAAACAGUAAAAUGUAAAAGAAAAAUCCUUUCUAUAUCUGUAUUGGAGUAUAUAGUGAGUUUUUAUUUUGUACAUUAUGAUUAACAAGAAUUUGUUAUUACUGUUUUCAUUCAUAAUAAUUGCAUGGACUGAUUUUAAAUAAAAAAUAAUUGAAAUUCUCAAUGUUAUGGGCAUAGCCUGAAUAAUAAAAAAAAAAAAAAUUUUUUUAUCAAAAAUAAACUGAUAAUUUAAGUUAGUCCACCAGGUAUGGCAUGUAUGUUCUAUACGGAGUUUCAGUUCUAACACCAACAAUAUGUUACUGUAAAUAUUCUAAAGGCAAAAGAAUGCAGUAAAAUGAUAAAUGUAUAUUGAUGGUAGGUCAUGAUCUUCAGUUAAUCUGGCUUUAAAACAUUAUAAUUGUAGAAGGGAGUAAAUCAUACAAGCUAUGGUUUGUUACCCUAUAAAUGUACAAGGGAGUAAAUAAUACCAGCUGUGAUCUACUGUAUACAAUUACUAGGGAGUGAAUAGUACCAGCUAGAUUUUAUUACUGUGUAAAUGUACUAGGGAGUAAAUCAUACCAGCUCUGUUUUUAUACUUUAUAAAUGUACUAGGGAGUUAACUGUACCAGCUAUUAUUUGUUACUGUUUACAUGUACUAGGGAGUAAAUUUUACAUGCUAUAAUUUAUUAAAGUAAAGUGUAAAUGUAGGUUAGCUACAUGUAUAUCUGGUUAUGUAAGUAAUAUUGCAGAUUUUGUUAGAAUGGUUCUUAUUCAAAUUCCUGUGUAAACACUUAGUAUUUAAUUUUGUAUAUGCUUGCAUUAGUCCUCACAUGGCAACAAUAUUUUGUUAUACAUGGUGCAUUUAUUUAUAGAUGUAUUCUAUUUAAUGUUUUAUUUACUUUUAUCUGUAUACAUUUAAUUCCUAUAUCAACUGUCUCAUUAUGAAGGCUUUAAGCUUUACACCAUGUAUAAAUGUUUAUGUUUUCACAACUGAUAAGAUGAAAAAUAUACAUAAGAUAUACUGGAUAAGUUGGUAGGGUAUUGGUGCAUUGACUGAACCUAGGGAUGGUAGGUUUGAGUCAUGACCAUUUAUUUUCAUAUGAGGUCGGGAUUGCUGACUUACGACAUUGUCAUAGAAGGAAAAUGGGUCAUUGAACUUACAUGUAUGCCUUUGUGUAUGCAUGGCAAGCUUUAAUGGUGUUUUCACUAUUCCUUGUGGUAAUAAUGCCCUGAAAAGGUAAAUAUAUUAUACAAUACCAUGACAUUAUAGUUAUUACAUCAAUUCUUGUCCAGACAUAUUUUGCUAUCUUUGUUUCUUUCACUUUGUAUGCGGCUGCACCGGAUGUAAAAAUACCCUGGUCAAUACUCAACCAGAUGUUUAUUAUGACUUGAAUCGAGUGUGAAUUUAAAUGUGUACAUUUUUGGUGUAAUGAAUAUGUAGGGGUAUAUGGAAGAGUUUGCUUGAAAAAUAGACCUAAAGUCUGAAUCUAAUAUUUAAGGUUAUUUUUUUAUGCUACCCAAGGUUUGUUUUGGUACUUAUGUUAGCACUUUCCAUUCAAAAGACUUAAUUUUAAUGCUAUUUUGUGUUAAUUGGGUCAAGGUCAUUGAUGCUAAAAAUAGAUUUUUCUAAUUGUUUUUUGUUUUUUUGCUUUAUGAAUGGGACAUUGGGUGGCAUUCAUAGGUGUUUGCCAAUAUUUUUGUUUUUCUUACUGAUUUACUUGUUUGCUUAUCAUAUUAUAUUAGUACUUUAGAUGAACUUAAGAUUGUUCUGAAACCAAUUCUUUAUUAUUAGGGUUUUUUGUUGCUUUUGUUGCAUUCUUGUAAAGAUAGACUUGUCUUGCCAAUGCUAGUGUUAGGAAAUGUCUUUAUUCAAUGAUCUACAUGUAAAGUGCCAUUUCUAUUUAUUUACUUUUUCUUGUCCAUGACUAUCCUUGUUUGUUUAUGGGCAAAACAAAAAAUAUUGCUUUAUAUAGUUUUGUAGCAAAUAAAAUGUUGUUUUUUUAAUGAAAUUGUGAAAUUGGUGUUUAUUUAAUAAGUUAAGUUAGUGUUGUUUUUAAACUUUAUCACACAAAAAGAUAAUACCUUUGUAGAUAAGAUAAAAAAUUGUUGUUUUAUAAUUUCUUGUUGUAAUUGUUGAGGAAAAACAUUACACUUGUUGUGUUUAUUGGGGUUUUGGAUUAGUUAAAAAAUAUAUAUAAACUAAAUGUUGUAAAAUUAGUGAUAACCCAGUGGUCAAGGUACAAAUUAGUGAUAACCUAGUGGUCAAGGUAUUGUUGGUACCUCUGAACCCAGGAAUUAUGGGUUCAAGCCCUACCGGGGUCACAACAGUGUUCCCUCAUAUGAGAUCAGUACUGGUAAGUUCCAGGAAACAAGACUUGAGAGUGGUUCAAAUAGAUUUCAAGUUCACAUCACACUUGAGCUAAAAUCAUUGCAUAUAAUUAUGUUUGAAAUUAAAUGUUGUUAUAGUGUUAAAAUAAAACUUGCCAGAUUAAUUAUUUAACAAAAAUAUAGAUAAUUUAUCAGGGUUUGAUAUUGUCCGAACAUGUGUUUUGCUUGUCAGAAAUGCUAGAUCUGUUUGAGUGCGAAAGAAUUUAGAAAUUUAUACUUUGUAGUGAGCUUGAAUGAGCAAUGAAAUGGGUUUUUCUUUGGUUAUAUACAUGAUUGCGUGUUAGGUGCAGUAUAUGACUAAUUGAAAUUUCUUGGCUUAAUGUUUAUAAUAGUAUUUGUAGAAAUGUUAGUUGUAUAAUUAUGUUGAUAGUUUAAAUCAUGUACAGAUUAUAUGUAUAGAUAAGUUCUGUAUCAAAUAGUUAGGCAUAAUAAUUUGAAGGUCCUUUUGUCUAUAAUUUGUCCCAAAAAAAUGAUGUUCAAUUAUGUUGUUUUUUUUAAUGGGUAUUAUUAAACGCCCUAUCAACAGUGUGCAUAUCUUUUUUGUUUUCAGUUGAAAAAAUUUAAUGAAUGAAAUCUUAUUUUUGAAUACUAGUGUGUCAAUGAAAUAAAAGUUGUGGGUUUUGAUUAGUAUUUUGCUGGGAUUAUUUAAUGCAGAGUUGUAACCCUUUUAUUAUUUUUACAUACAGUUGCACCUGUGCUUAUGUCCACUUUUGGAGCAAAGACCUGACAUAGAAACACCUGUCCCUUUAGACCCCCAACUUUUUAUUUACUGUGUAUAAUGGUGGAGUAAAAUUACACAUUUACUUUGAGAGGCUAUAUGUUAAGACGGACAACUCUUACAAUUUUUCCCUGGGUGUGGUAUGGCCUUGUUAUACAGGAUAGACUGUAUAUGGAACACACUUAGUAGAUGUUGUCAAGUUUCUCCAUUUAUAACUAAUUAUUAGUGUAGAAGAACUGGAGUAUGUUUGUGGAUAGACAACUCUUUAAAUUAUGCCCCCAGACUAGUUUUUUUCAUAUGCAGGCUUAAAUGUGUGUUGCAUAUGUGUAGAACACAUGAUUGGGUACCGUAGUUGUGUUUAAAUUUUGUGACAUGUUGAGUUAAUUCAUGCAGCAAUACUCAUAUCAUUGGUGUUGUACUUUGUGUAUGUUGUGUUGUAUUUCCUAGUUAUUUCUGAGUAAAUUUCCUAGUUAUUUCUGAGUAAAUUUCCUAGUUAUUUCUGAGUAAAUUUCCUAGUUAUUUCUGAGUAAAUUUCCUAGUUAUUUCUGAGUAAAUUUCCUAGUUAUUUCUGAGUAAAUUUCCUAGUUAUUUCUGAGUAAUUUCCAAGUUAUUUCUGAUUAAAUUUCCAAGUUAUUUCUGAUUAAAUUUUCUAGUUAAUUCAGAGUUAAUUUCCUAGUUAUUAAAUAUUUUUGAGUAAAAUUUCCUCGUUAUUUCUGAGAAGUACUGAUAAUAUUGUCACCUUAGUGCAGUAAUGGGGUAACUUCCAUGAAAUUACAUAAGAAGUUAACCCAUUACUGCACUAAGGUGACAAAUAUAUACAUGUAUAUACUCUGCUACAUUGACUGCAUGUAUUUCAUCUUGGACUGAAAAUGUUAUCGUUAGUCCCAAUUUCAUAGACAAAAGUAUGACCCAACAUAAAAAGAAAUCCAUAUUGAAAAUGAAUGUAAAUUUGGUAUUCCAGAUUGAGUGUAAAGUAAUGGGAAAAUAAUUUUAGUUUUUAUUACUUAAUGGUUUCAUUUGUGGUGAAGUCAUUUGAAGAAGUAGAUUAAAGUGAUCAUUUUGAAAGUACAAUUAUCUAAGACUUGUAUUAAGUUUUCCUGAACCAUAUUUGGCAGUCUUCAGUGGAACACUGUCAUUUUUUGCCAUGUUUGGCAACCUUUGAGGAUACCCUGUCCAUAAUUUUUAAAGAACAUCUGUAUAGCUUUUAUUUCUUCUGUGAUUUUUUGUUGACGUUCUUUUUCUAAUUCCUUGUACAUGUUGUGUAAGGACACAUUUGACAGCUUUGUCUUUGUUUAAAUUUUCUUUACAAUGCCACUCAUUGCUCAAAUUUCUAAAAAUGUCUUGUAUAUUUAGAUACCUUUCUUAUGUACAUUUUUGUAUACAAUGUGAGGCAAAGUCCAGAUGUUCAAAUUUUCAAAUAUUUCAAAAAAUAAUAUUGGAUACUAAGUGCAAAUAGAAAACUUUUGAGCAAGAAUUAUUUUAUAGAGUUACUACAUAAAGAAUAUAUGGUUAUAUAAUUAAAAAAAUUGUUAUCUAUCUUGAAGGGUAAUGAAAAUAAUCUGUUUAGUACAUGUAUUUAUAAGUAGAUAUGUAUUGUAUAAGUGUAAUUGCUUAAUAUAUUUAAUUAACUAAGUUCUUAUAAGCUUCUUUAUAUAUUGUCCUUAAUUGAUAAUUAAUUACCUCCCUUGUUGUACAGAGUUACUACCCCUGUUAUAAUUAAUCAUUUUUCAUGAUUUUUAUAAUUUUUUCGUUAUAAACCCUGAAAUUAGAGGGAAGAACAAUGAGUCAAUGUUUUGAUAAUUUGAAUAAUUUAAAACAUUAUUACAAUAAUAAAAAAAAUUCUUGUGAAAUUUCAAUAAAUCUAUGAUGCAUGUAAAGCUAUGAUAUAUAUAACAACAAAUGUGACUUUAUUUUCAAGUUACAAAUACAAAAAUGUGUGCACUAUAUCUCGGCAUAAAACCAGAACACUAACAAAAUAUAAUAGAAAUGUUGCUCUAAUGUGAAGCAAGGGGUUUACUAGCUGCAAUAAGUUAACAUUUCUUAUGUCUGUGAGCCUUACACUCAGUAUGAUUGAGUAGGUGACAACACGUGUAUUGGCACUGUGUAUUCCUUACUAGCUUUUACCGCAUAGAACACAUAUUGUUUAAAAAGCAUAUGUGUAAAUACAAGUCCAUGUAUAUAUCUGAUCCAUUCUUUGCAGCUUCCAGAGUAGAUAAAACAUUAAAAUAAUAUUUGCAUCAUUUGCCAAUCAUUUUAUCAAAUUAAUAAUCACCAAAUUUAAAGCUUUUAGAAGAACUAUGCAAAUAUAUAUCGACUACAUAUUUCCUGCUAUACCGUCUUGCCUUGGUAUAAUGAACUGCUUUUUUGUGUUUUUCAACUUUUUAUUGUUAUUUUCUAUUGUCUAUUUGGUAUUUUGUUUGGCCCAUUGUGUUUUUCUAGGCUUCGAUCUUAAUUCAUGUGGAAUGGUGAAGUGUAUGGUACAAAAAGUACUGAAAAUUUCUCGACGCAGAGCAGAGUGGGAGAUAUUUACACCAUUUUCUAGCAUAUUUUCCUGCUUUUGUAUUGUGUGUACAUACACCUUUGCUAAUGAACAGGUCGAAAAUGAAAAAACAAUGAUGGCCGUAACAAAAUGCUAAAAUUGUCUAUACAUGUUUUUUCAUGUAUAGAAUUUCUUAUUUUAUAGUACUAUAGAUUUAUUUUUAUUUUAUUUUCUAAGUAUUGGUUAUGUUUACUUUUGUUAAGCUUCAGUGUAUAAAUAAAUAUAAUGCAUUUUA